AGGAAUGUUGGGAAGUAGUCUUCCUUCAAAUAUCUAAUGGAGGCCCUGGGGAAGAAGAGAAAGGGCCCAGAAGUGUUGCCAUCAUGUCGCAGGUCAUUUACUCCUGUAACAAUUGUUUGGUCUCACUUAUCAUUGGAAGAUUACUCGAGGCAGAAAAAGAAGUGUAAGGAAGAUGAAGUUAAAGUAGCUGUUGGCUCUGCUAGGAGUGUAGUCAGAGGAAUUGUCACUGCUCCACCUUGUGGGAGUGCAACUCUGGAUCCACCCAAUAGGGGCCUUAAGAGGAAAAUUGGGUGCAUUGAUGCAGCAACUAGAUUGGGUAGGAAAAAGAAAAUUGAGCAAGAUUAUGAUUUGGGUGCAACAAUUGGAUGUGGAAAGUUUGGAUCCGUUGUAUUGUGUCGAAGUAAAGUGAAUGGUGAAGAGUUUGCAUGCAAAACAUUACGCAAGGGUGAAGAGCUUGUGCAUCAGGAAGUGGAGAUAAUGCAACACCUUUCUGGUCAUCCUGGUAUUGUGACAUUGAAGGCAGUAUAUGAGGAUUUGAAAUCCUUCUUUCUUGUGAUGGAGCUCUGCUCUGGGGGACGGUUGCUGGAUCAGAUGGCUAAAGAGAGGCAGUAUUCAGAGUAUUGUGCUGCUAAUAUACUCAGGGAACUGGUUCUAGCUAUCAAAUAUUGCCAUGAUAUGGGUGUUGUUCAUCGAGAUAUAAAGCCUGAGAAUAUCCUUCUCACAGCUUCUGGACAGAUGAAGCUCGCAGACUUUGGAUUAGCAGUGAGGAUGUCAAAUGGUCAGAGCUUGACAGGUGUGGUAGGGAGUCCUGCUUAUGUUGCCCCGGAAGUUUUAAUGGGCAAUUAUUCAGAAAAAGUUGACAUCUGGAGUGCCGGUGUCCUCCUUCAUGCUCUCUUGGUUAGUGUACUUCCAUUCCAAGGUGAUACUUUGGAUUCAGUCUUUGAGGCUAUUAAGAAUGUCAGCCUUGAUUUUGAGAAUGGAGUAUGGAGAUCCAUCUCUCAACCCGCACGGGAUCUGGUCGCCCAUAUGAUGACAAGAGAUGUUUCAGCAAGGUUAACUGCUGAUGAAGUAUUAAGGCAUCCAUGGAUACUGUUCCAUACUGAAGCAACAUUGGAAAUGGUUGCUUUGAAGCCAGGAAUGAGAAACCAUGGAAGGCUGACGUCCCAACAACUGACUAUCUCACCCGGGGUAGUGUCAGAGAGAAACAAGGAAAUAGCAAGUGGCUUUCUUAAUGAUGAUUGUUUCCUCUUUUUAUCAUCUGAUAGUUCACCUACAACAGGGUCAGAAGUGCAGGACUGCAUGUUGGUUGAUGCUCUCACUGUUGCAAUUUCACGUGUGAGGAUAUCUGAACCAAAAAGAACCAGACUAUGUGGCUCCACUGGUCCUGUUCAACAAGAGUGUUCUUCUAACAUUAAGAUCGACAACCUCUGUACAGCAUUUUGAGUCCACUGUACAAAAGUGCUGACAAACAUGGAAAGAUAGCUCCACAUGAUUGAAGCUUUGAUUGGAUGGCAAAUACUAAAGAUGGUUAGAAUAAGCUGACUCUUUUAAUUGGUAUGAUGUGGAUAACUUGACUUGCUGUUAAAAUAUGCUUUGCAGAUUUCCUAUGUAAAUAGAAAGUGCACAUUAUUGGAUACUGCCUAUGUGUUGGAUGUGCAGUUCAGUUAAUCAGGGAAUUUGAAUGUGGAGUAUCUCCACCCUGCUGCCUCCUCUUCCCCCUCUCCCCAUUAUGUUAUCUAAUUUUUCUGGUCAUCAGCAUUUAUUGUUA